GCCCGCGCGCGGCUUGCAGCCACAGUCUGGGGAUAAUCAUCAUGCCGCCUCCUAUCUCCCCGCUGCCGCUCAUGGCCUCCAGCCCAAUCCCGUCGCCUCCGGCCGCGCGACCCGGCGGCGGCCGAGCCCUCGCCCCCGUCGCGCCCUGCAACUCCUCGGCGUCACCGUCACCGUCGACGUCGACGUCUUCGGCUGCGCCGGCGAGCGGCGGCAGGAGGGGCGUGCUCGCGCUGGGCGCGGGGUUCCUGGCCUCCGCGGCGCUGCUGUGCCCGGCCGGGGACGCCGGCGCGACGCGCAUCGAGUACUUCGCGACGGUCGGGGACAAGCUCUGCGACAUGGACUUCGCCAAGUCCGGGCUCGGGUACUGCGACGUCGAAGUCGGCACCGGCGUGCAGCCCAAGCGCGGCGAGCUCAUCAAUAUACACUACACGGCGAGGUUCCCCGACGGGACAGUGUUCGACAGCAGCUACAAGCGCGGGAGGCCACUGACGAUGCGCAUCGGCGCAGGCAAGAUCCUCCGAGGGCUUCAACAGGGGAUCGGCGGCGGCGGCGGCGUGACGCCCAUGCUUGUCGGUGGGAAGCGCAAGCUGAUGAUACCUCCGAUUUUGGCAUACGGACCCGAACCAGCAGGCUGCUUCUCAGGGGACUGCAACAUUCCUGGGAACUCCACGAUACUAUACGACAUCCUCCUCGUCGGCAUCUACAAGUGAGCGUCUGACGGCAGCGAAUACACAAGCCUUGAGCAUAGGUCCAGUACAAGCCAUUUUUCAAAGCACGACGUCGCACGGGAUACUGAACUAUACAGGCGGGCAGACGAAGAAAAAGAUUUAUUAGUUCUUCAUUCAUUCAGGUGGCGGAAUCGGUUGCUCUCCGGCUUCCGAUGCGCAAGGCGCUGUAGGGGGCAAGCAAUCUGUACAAAUAGCAUUAUUGAUUAUGAUAUGAGGAGCAUGUAAAGCGUCACUCUGUCAUCUGUAAAGUCGAGUCGUGUUAUAUAUGCUGCUGAUUCUCCUGAA